CGUCUGUUAUUUAAAUUCUCAAUGGCAUCAUCUAAACCGACCGACGAAGAUUCUCUGCUGACAGGAGGACAGAGAAGGUCCAGCAUUAGAGGUGGACGUCCCAAUUAUGAGAGCCAGCCACGUCGGAGAACAUGGAGCUCAGAACUUCCUCCUAACAUGAUGUUCAUGACCAGAAUAGUGCUGGUGGGGAAGACUGGUGCUGGGAAGAGUUCUUCAGCCAACACCAUCCUGGGGAGAGAUGCCUUCAGAUCAGCUGGUCGUAUGUCAUCUGUCACCAAAGAGUGUUCUAAAGAGACGGGGGAGGUGGGAGACAGGCAGGUCACCGUAGUCGAUACACCUGGUCUAUUAGACACAAAUCUGCCUGAAUUGACAGUGAAGAGAGAGAUAGCUAAGUGUGUCAACAUGUCAGCACCUGGUCCCCAUGCCAUCAUAGUUGUUAUUAAAGUAGGUCCCAUCACCAGGGAGGAGAUGAGCACAGUACACAAACUUGAGGAAAUAUUUGGGAAAGAUGCAGAGAAGCACACCAUGAUCCUUUUUACCUGUGCUGAAGGAGGGAUUGAGAAAAUGUUGGAAGAGGCAAAUGAGGAAUUCAGAAAAAUUCUGCAGAGGUUAGGGAAUAGAUACCAUGUCUUCAACAAUAUGGAAAAAAGUGACCGUACCCAAGUGCUGAAACUCUUUGACAAGAUAGAUGAAAUGAUUAAGGAAAAUCAGGGUAGCUACUACACAAAUUACACAUAUCAACAAGUAAACGAAAUGCUUGCUGAUAGGGAAAGGAAGGCCAGGGAUAUCUUUGAGAAGAAAAUGCAGGAAAAGGAGGCAUCAUUACUAGCUAGAUACGAGGAAGCUCUGAGAGCACUGCUGAUUGAAAAUCUAACUCUUGAGAAGACGGUCCUGGAGAAGGAAAACAGAAUCAGACAGCUGGAGAUCAAUAGAGACAGGGACCUGAAAGAGACAAAGCGUUACUUUGCUGCUUUACAAAAAGAUGCACGACAGCUUAUUGAACAGAUCCCAGAUUUUGAGACUUUAGAGGGUUCCAUUAAGCAAUAUGCAUAGAAGGUGCCUAAUCUGGAAAC